AUGGCUCUUCUUCAAUAUCCUGCCCCGGUGGACUAUGCCGCCCAACGGGAGGCAUUCAAGGACUUCUUGAAAGGCUUCAAGAGCUUCGAGUCCGCAUCAGAAGCUGCUGCGACAGAGGCUAUCCAAGGACUGCGCAUUGAUGGCGACCGUACCGAUGACGAAUACGAUUUUAUGGAUGAUGUUGAGACCGAAGGAGGUGUACGUCGUGAUCCCAAGACGAAAUACAUGCGGAUACUCGAAGAUGUCGCAAACAGGGAUAGCAACAAUAUUCUGAUUGAGUUGGAUGAUCUAGCAACAUAUGAAAAAUCUCUUCCUGAAGACGCCGAUCUCAAGCUGGUAGAAUCCUGUCAAUCUAAUACCAAGCGCUACGUCGAAGUUUUCUCAGAGGCUGUGGACGCCGUCAUGCCUAAAGAGACGAAAGAAAUAUCCUUCAAAGACGACGUUAUUGAUGUCAUCAUGUCGCAACGUGACAAGCGAAACGAGACAAUGCGAAUGGCUGCUGAGGCAGAGAUGGAUGCUAGUCCGCCGCAAGCGAUUUUUCCUGCAGAAUUGACGCGGCGAUACACAUUGAACUUCAAGCCUUUGACGGUAUCUGAGUCUAGUAGUGGACAAGGAUCGAAAGCGCUGGCCGUUCGUCAUGUGCGAGGCGAGCAUCUCGGUCGUUUGAUUACUGUUCGUGGUAUCGUGACACGAGUAUCCGAUGUCAAGCCAGCUGUCAAAAUUAACGCUUAUACCUGCGAUCGAUGCGGCAGUGAAGUGUUCCAGCCUAUCACAAGCAAGUCGUUCUUGCCUAUGACUGAAUGUCCUUCCGACGACUGCGUUGCCAACAACACCAAAGGACAACUAUUCCUUUCCACUCGCGCUUCAAAAUUCGUUCCUUUCCAGGAAGUCAAGAUUCAAGAAAUGGCAGAUCAGGUUCCAGUUGGACACAUUCCCAGAACCUUGACUGUGCACUGCAAUGGCACUCUUACACGUCAACUCAAUCCCGGAGACGUUGUUGAUAUUGCCGGGAUCUUUCUCCCCACUCCUUAUACCGGAUUCAGGGCUAUCCGCGCUGGUCUGUUGACAGACACAUACCUUGAAGCGCAACACAUUACUCAACACAAGAAGACUUACGACACCAUGAUUAUGGACAAUCGUACAAUUAAGAGAAUGGAGCAGUACAGGAAUUCGGGCCAACUGUACGAAUAUCUUGCCCGCUCUAUCGCUCCCGAAAUUUACGGUCAUCUUGAUGUAAAGAAGGCCUUAUUGUUGCUUUUGAUUGGCGGUGUGAACAAGGAUAUGGCUGAUGGUAUGCACAUCCGUGGAGACAUCAACAUUUGCCUUAUGGGUGAUCCUGGUGUGGCCAAAUCUCAGUUACUCCGAUACAUCUGCAAAGUUGCCCCUCGUGGUAUCUACACUACUGGUCGCGGUAGCAGUGGUGUUGGUCUCACAGCUGCUGUUAUGCGAGACCCAGUCACCGAUGAGAUGGUGCUGGAAGGUGGUGCUCUUGUGCUUGCUGAUAAUGGUAUCUGCUGUAUCGAUGAAUUCGAUAAGAUGGAUGACUCGGACCGAACAGCCAUUCACGAGGUGAUGGAACAACAGACCAUUUCUAUCUCCAAGGCUGGCAUUACCACGACCCUCAAUGCCAGGACGUCCAUUCUGGCCGCAGCCAAUCCUCUGUAUGGUCGCUACAAUCCCCGCAUUUCCCCUGUUGAGAACAUCAACCUUCCAGCCGCUCUUCUCUCACGUUUUGACGUUAUGUUCCUUAUGCUCGACGUCCCAUCUAGGGAGGCCGACGAGGAGCUAGCUCAACACGUCACAUACGUCCACAUGCACAACAAACACCCAGAGACUGGCGAUACUGCAGUUAUCUUCAGCCCGAACGAAGUUCGUCAAUUCGUGGCGCGUGCUCGUACCUAUCGCCCAAUAGUACCCAGAGAAGUAUCGGACUACAUGGUUGGUGCCUAUGUACGAAUGCGUAAACAGCAAAAGAAGGACGAAGCAAACAAACGCCAGUUCUCACACGUCACUCCCCGUACCCUCCUCGGUGUUAUACGUAUUUCACAAGCUUUGGCGCGUUUGCGUUUCAGCGAUACUGUUGUCACCGACGACGUUGACGAGGCACUCCGACUUGUCGAGGUUAGCAAAGCCUCUCUGGAUAAUGAACAGAGCGGGGAGGGAGACCACACACCAAGCAGCAAGAUCUACAACCUUAUCCGUGGUAUGCGGGAGAGUGGUGCUGCGGCGGCUGAGGAUGGACAAGAGGGAGAGCUCAGUCUUCGCCGAGUUCGUCAGCGAGUCCUUGCCAAGGGCUUCACUGAGGACCAGCUCACGAAGACUAUCCAAGAAUACCAAGAACUGGACGUCUGGCAAAUCACCGGUAACGGCACUCGUCUGCUUUUCGUUGAACUUGAUGGCUUUGAUGACGAUAUGGAUAUCUAA